CCAAUAUCCACGAAGAAGAACUCGACCCAUGCCCUCAUAAGAAAGCGACAAAGAUGGCCGCCUGUGGGCUACUCCGCUCCUUCUCCUCCAACUUUUUCACAGUUUUGCCUUUAAUCAGCCGCUCGGCGACACUUCCAACCUCGCGGCUGGCAUCUAACCCUUAUUUUGGAAGAACACUAGCAACCUCUAGUCGAUUAAGUGCAGCGCUUAAAUUCACAGAUAAACACGAAUGGAUCCGGGUAGAAGACGACGGAACUGGGACUGUCGGAAUCAGCAAGUUUGCGCAGGAGGCUCUGGGAGAUGUAGUUUACUGUGGACUGCCAGAGGUGGGAACACAGCUGGCUCAGCAAGAUGAGUUUGGAGCUCUGGAAAGUGUGAAGGCUGCCAGUGAACUGUAUUCCCCCUUGACUGGAGAAGUUGUAGCGGUCAAUACACUACUGGCAGACAACCCGGGUCUGGUCAACAAAUCUUGCUACAAAGAUGGUUGGCUGAUGAAGAUGACCAUUGGCAACCCUGCAGAGCUUGACGCUCUAAUGGACGAAGCAGCCUAUGAGAGAUACAUCCGCUCCAUCGAGGACUAACCCAACACCUCCUAAUAAGUACUAUGCUCCCUCUAUCCUUUUCAAACUCCGCUGGCAGGGAAAUCCACAAGUUGUGCCUGUGUCAGCUACAACGCUAUACUUAGCACCCACCAGUGGAGCCCAAGAGCUCCAGAUUGCUGACCUGCCAGUGUUGUAGAGCUGUGAACAUUAGGAAUCCUUUAUCUACUGUUUAAGACUGACUGUAGGGGACCUGUCAAUCUGCACUGACUUAAUAUUCACUGUUGAGUUGCUGCAGCCUCAAAUCGCUGAGCAGAAGAGACUGAGAUGCAAUAGAACAGAUUACACAUUUCAGUCAGAGGAAAACUUGAAUUUCUGUUGUAGAACUUUGUUAGACCUAAAAAGCACUUUGAUCUUCAUGGUAUUAAUGAUAAUGUUGGUCUGCACUGCAUGUAUGAUGGAUAAACUGUAGACAUGGGCUCAGUGAAUUAGAGAAUAAACAUUUCCUUUGACACUGUG